AUUAAAAGUUUUGUAAGCUCUCUAUCAGACAUGUAGCACUACCACUUUACAAAUUAUGGGAAGUUUCAUCUGUUUCCAGGGUGACUAGUGUAGUUAUGCACAAAAUAAGCUGGAUAAAGUUUGUUUCAGAUUCUCUUAUUACAGUUCAUGUUUGUAGGACUGAUGCAUUCCUUUGGGAUGAUCUGGAUCAGGAUCAAUCAUUCAAGAUCACUUGGAUCACUGAUGGUGCAUGAAAGGACUCAAUGAAUCCACUCUGGGCAAGGAUUCAUCAAUUCCUUUGAUGCACAAUGGUAUGAGUGAUCUUGGAUCAUUGAUCCUGAUCCAGAUCAUCCCAAAGAAAUGCACCCUUUGUGUUGCAGCUACCUUAUUUUCUUCCCUUCCCCGUAAAAGCUAAGCUACACUUAAGUCAUAAGAUGUCACCUUCCACUUUAGAAAUCUGUUGAACUUAUCUAGAAGCUGAAAGAAUAAGUUAGUGUUUCUAAAUCAAAAACUUGCAGCGUUCAUGAAGAACGGUGUUAUCUGGUAUAAAACUGUUUUGAGUUUUUGAACUGUAUUUACACAUGGUUGAUUUCUCAUCCUUCUGUCAUUUUUUUAUGCUCAUCCACAGAUGUUGAAACAUGGCAGGGCGGGAGUUCCAAUGGAAGUGAUGGGUUUGAUGUUAGGCGAGUUUGUGGAUGACUAUACUGUGCGAGUGAUUGAUGUGUUUGCAAUGCCACAGAGUGGAACGGGUGUGAGUGUAGAAGCAGUUGAUCCUGUAUUUCAAGCUAAGAUGUUGGACAUGCUCAAGCAGACUGGACGACCAGAAAUGGUGGUUGGUUGGUAUCAUUCACAUCCUGGCUUUGGCUGUUGGCUUUCAGGCGUGGAUAUCAACACACAACAGGUAUUGAAUCGUUUGGAUCCGCACAAAUGUUUUUUUUUCUUUUUUUUUUUGGAACAAAACAAAACAAUACAAAAAAAAACAAGGCAUCUUUCAGGGUUAGCAUUUUUGGUAAGAAAAUGUAACAAGUUCUUAUUAUAAAAAUAAUUUACCCAU